AGUAAAGCCCCUUUUUUUCCUCACUAGGAUUAUUUCACUCUUCUCUGGUCUCGCAAACCCUCCCCUAUCUUCAAUUCCCUAAAUUGCCAUCAUCGGCGCCGUUUCUCGCCUUCAAAUCUCGCCGGCGAUGAAGUAGAAUAUCUCCUCAGUUACUCGAAGCGAGCAGGAUGUUGCUCGCUGAAGGUCAUCUAAAUAACUGCUGUUGUGCAUAGAGACCAUUUCAUAAUUCAUUGAUAGCUUCCGUGGGGAUUGAAGAGGUACCGAUGGCUGGUCUGAUGACCGGUGACCCCUCGACACAUCAUGAAGCUUAUGAAGGUGGCAGUUUUAGGGCUUCUCAAGAAAGGCCAGAUGAGAAUGGUGGUCGUUGGUAUCUCUCCAGGAAGGAAAUUGAAGAGAAUUCCCCAUCGCGACUCAAUGGUAUAGAUUUGAAGAAAGAGACUUAUCUACGCAAGUCAUAUUGUACCUUCCUACAAGAUUUGGGCAUGCGGCUUAAAGUGCCUCAGGUAACAAUUGCCACUGCAAUAAUAUUUUGUCAUCGAUUCUUUCUCCGGCAAUCUCAUUCAAGGAAUGAUAGGAGGACCGUUGCCACAGUAUGCAUGUUCCUAGCAGGAAAGGUUGAAGAAACUCCUCGUCCCCUGAAAGAUGUUAUACUUGUUUCUUAUGAGAUCAUUCAUAAAAAGGAUCCUGCAGCUAUUCAGAGGAUCAAGCAAAAGGAAGUAUACGAACAACAAAAAGAACUAAUUUUGUCCGGAGAGAGGGUUGUUCUUGCAACUCUUGCUUUUGAUCUUAAUGUACAUCAUCCAUAUAAACCCCUUGUCGAGGCAAUAAAGAAAUUCAAGGUUGCUCAAAAUGCCCUAGCUCAAGUUGCAUGGAACUUUGUGAAUGAUGGGCUUCGGACGUCCUUAUGCUUGCAAUUUAAGCCCCAUCACAUUGCAGCAGGUGCCAUUUUCCUUGCAGCCAAGUUUCUCAAAGUAAAGCUCCCAUCUGAUGGCGAGAAGGUUUGGUGGCAGGAGUUUGAUGUCACCCCACGCCAACUGGAGGAAGUGAGCAACCAAAUGCUAGAAUUGUAUGAACAAAAUAGAGUACCACCUCAGGCUAGUGAAGCAGAAGGAAGUGCUGGUGGAAAUCAAAGGCCUGCUGGAAAAUCUUCAGCUGCACAAGAAGAGCAUGCUGCAAAUAACAGCAACUCCCUGGGUGGAGGUGCCACUACAAAUGCAGGAACCUCCAAUCCUGCAUCCUCUAGGGAAAUUCCUGAUCAACCAUAUGCUGAUAAUCACAGUGUGCUUACAAGGACAGCUCAAAAUAGCACUAAUGACUAUGGAAGUGCUGAACACAACUUUUCAGACGGUAUUGGAGAUGGUGAGAUGAAUGAUAGACAGACGCAUGAAAGAGAGCAGGUGUCUUAUCAGGGUAGUACAGCAGAGGUACAAAGUAGAUCAAGGUAUGGUUCUGAGAGCAACACUGAAGAUGAUCAGGAAGGGAACACUAGGAAAGCUGAACCAAGGCAUAAAGGGGAAUCAAAGGAAAAGUACCAUGGUAGAGCCCUGGAGAACAUGGAUUCUGCAGUUGGCCAGUCACCACAAGAAGUUAGAAAGAUAGAUAAAGACAAGGUCAAAGCAGCUGUUGAGAACAAGGUCAAGGCAGCAUUGGAGAAACGCAGGAAGUCUCAAGGGGAUGUUACCAAGAAAACUGAUGUUAUGGAUGAUGAUGAUCUCAUUGAGAGAGAAUUGGAGGAUGGAAUAGAACUGGCAGCUGGGAAUGAGAAAAACAAGCGAGAAAGAAAGGAAAGCUGGUCUAAGCCUUCAAAUAGGCCGGAGCAUGAGAACACAUACCACACAAAGCUUCAAGAUGAGGCUGGGGAUGGACAUCCCCAAGGGUCAAAGUGGAAGUCUUCACGAGGAGAAGAGCUUGACUACGUCGAAGAAGGGGAACUGGAACCAUAUGAUGAUGCUGACAGGGGUUAUCGGUCACCAAAGUCUAACAGUAGGAAGAGAAAGGCAAGUAGCCCCUCAGACAAACCGAUGGAGGGAAAGCGGCAUGAGUAUUUUCCAGAUGAUAGAAACAGGCCUGGGAGGCUUGAUUAUUCUGAGAGGGACCACAAAAGGCACAUGCAGGAAAAUCACGCUUGAGAAUGUCUAUUAUGCUUGUAGCAGCAUGGCUAGCUAGUUCUGUUGAACAUGCUGGACAUUCAGAUCUGAGGAGUGAGUUUAUUUAAGGCCGUCAGCUAUAUCCUAAAAAUUUUGCGACAACUUCAAUUGGUAAACGAGCAACUAUUUAUAGAACGAAACCAUAUUUCUCUGAAUGACUUUGAACUGCUAUCAUAUUCAGCUCUUUAUCAUAUUUCCCGUUAUGAUCACUCAAAUAUGUUUGUGCAAUUUGUAAGAACGGAUUCUUUGUAACUGUCCAAGUUGUUAGUGGCCUUCAAAAUGUUGUCCAUUUUUUUCCACUACUGA